AUGGCCCAGAGCACCCCGCCUGGCCUGGCGAUCAACGGACACGCAGCGCCCACCACCAUGGAGAACCAGCCGCCGGUCUCGAAUGUAGGCGAGCCACGUGCCACAGCUGCAGGUGCAGGUGCAGGGCGACCAGGUGCUGCGCGGGCAGACACAAACUACACAAUGGCGUCCAUGAUGUCGGUGCCGCCAGAGGGCUCCAUCUUGACCGGCAAGCAGGAGCACUACCUCAAGCGUGAGCUCAUCUCCCAGCAAACACAGUUCGAAAUCUCCGAACUCUCGUCCACCACCGCCCUCAAGCGCUUCGGCGCGCCCUUCCGCUCAGAUGCCGGCGAAGUCGCACCAGAAGACUCGGAGCUCCCGCUACUGCGCUACAUAUUCGUCCACCACGUGCGCAAUUUCCCAUUCCUCGACAAGGCCAAGGAGAAGGAGUUCUGGCAAGACAAGCUGCAAGUGUUCCUUGAAUCUUUCGCAAGCAAGGAUAUCUCCUCCUCAGAAGACCGCCUCGAAGAGACGAAACGAAGGAAGCUGGCGCUCAAGGCAGAGAAGCUGGUCGAGCUCAUGAUGGUCUCCGGUAUCCCUACCGCGUCCGGCUACGAGGAGAGGAUUCGCUUUUCCGAGAUGGAAAUUGUCGAGCGAGGCGCAAACGAGGAGGGUCUACACAUGAACGCACCGAGCGGGCAUUUCAUUAACGGCUGGGAUGUCAACGUGGCUGGCGUGCGGACCACAUCAGUGAAGAAGCACGUCCGGUAUCACACGCAUGCAGAGUAUCUCAUCAGAGUCAAACAAGGCGGCGACAGAGAAAUUUACGUCGGCCGACGAUACCAGGACUUUGUCAAUCUGCACAAGCGAAUACGCCUUGAGCUUCCCGGCAAAGUGCUUCCUCCUCUUCCUCGUAAGAACAAAAAAGAUUCCUUCAUGAGCUCAAGCAAAGACGACGACGAUGCCAGCUCCAUCUCCUCAGUAUCAACCCAAGGGCCAGCACCACCUGACGCAUACGAGAAGAGCGACGGUGGUGGCGGAGGCUUACGAAGCUACCUUUGGGGUGGCGGCCAUAAGAAGAACGCUUCACAGACCUCGAUCGGCGGGCGAGGGGCGCGGUCGCCUCGCGCAUCCGGUGAAGGCUUGGCCUAUCAACCUCCACGCACUCUAUACCGCGAGGAGCAGCGUGUAUCACUGCGAGCCUUCCUGCGGUCGUUCUUGAACAACGAGAGGAUUGCGCAGUCGAAUGCCAUGGCUGACUUCCUCACGCGUGAUGCUAUCGAGGUGAACGAGGAAGAGAUGGACGACAUUGAAAGGCGGAUGGUCAUGGACGAGAAGCGCAUACAAGAGCAAAAGCAGUUCUACGAAGUGGCACGAAAACGUGCCGCCGAGCUCGACAUCCACAUGGAAAAGUUCAGGCGAGAAAUCGUCGAGAGGAAUGGCCUUUCGCAUCUCUUCCAAGAAAUCCGGGUGAAGAACUCGAUAUCUCAGCUCAAGCCGGAGUACCAGAAGUUCGCAGAGUGGUUGCGAAUAGAGAUUGCAGCUACCAUCUACCACCUCUUCCUGGCCGAGGACAACUCGCCCGAGCUCUUUGCGCAAGCGAAGCGGAUACACUCACUCGUACCAUACGGCGUGCUGAAAAAUGUGAUCAGAAUUGCCAACCCCGCAGCGGUAAUGAGCGGAGUCCUUGACCUGUUCCUUGCACAGCCUUUUGGCGCAAGAUCUCUGCUCCAGCGCAUUUUUGGUAUGGCCAUCAACGAUGGCGUGAAUUCUGUGCAGAAGACGAUUGACACCCUCGGCUCCACGAAGAUCAAGGACGAAGUUCUGUGCGCCAAGAUUAAAGCUUAUGUUGAGUCAAGUGAGGAGGUUAAGCAGGUACUCCGGCAGGAGGCGGAUAGCGAGCAGGUCGAUAUUGUCGUGACGAUCCUACGAUCUGACUUCUUCAAACCGGAGUUGAGUUCUCAGCAGGUGGAGAAGGUCUUCAAUGCCUACGUUGCGUGGAACAACGCGGUCGAAAAUGUGAGACCGACCAGCCGUUACAGCAGAAAGAAUAGCAGUCGUAGCACUCAAAGCGUCCUUACUAAUGCGUCUGGUCAGAUUGACAAAGACUUACGGCAGGGCGCUGAGCUCUUUGCGCAUUUGAAGCAGUACCUGAAGCUUUGUCUGAGGCAGCGAGACAAGCUCAUGAUGCUCCAGGUCAUCGAGGAGCCUACGACUCUCCAACUCUUCCGCGACCUCUUCACCAUCUUUUACGAACCCCUCGUUCGCGUGUACAAGUCUGCAAACGUGUACAACAGUAUCACUGACUUUGCCAUGUUUGCCGACGACACAAUCAAGACCAUCGAAGCUUGCCAACGUCAAGAGGUCUCUGCAGAUCCCAAUCAGACCGUCCAAGCCUUCAUCGAUCUAUGUGCGCGCCACGAAGACAACUUCUACAAGUUCGUGCACGAGGUUCACAAUCACGACAACGGAUUGUUUGAUCAGCUGAUGGGCUGGCUGGAAGGCAUUCUCGAGUUCCUACGCCACGGUCCGGGCGGCGGUGGCAAGCUCGACAUGAACGCUCUGUUCCAGGGCGGCAUAGACUCGAACAUGAUCGAUAGGAGAAAAGCCAUCAGAGAGAUCAACAGUCUGAUCAGGUGGCAGACAGCCCGCAAGAAGUGGCACCAGGACAAGACGAGGCAGAAGAUGGCGAGUGCAGGUGAUGAGCCUGACGGGAUGCUGGGCGGCAUGGCAGGCUUCAAGAGCAGCGACUUUGGGCUGAAUGAGCUCGAUCUUCAAGACCUGGAACUCGACGACGACGCCACCGACUCGGACGAAGAGGACGAAAUUGAGGAGGACGACGACCCCAUCGAAGCCGAGCGCAGGAACCGCGCUCGCACGGCAGAGAAGUUAAAGCGACGUGCGGGCGAGCCGAAGAAACCGACGAUCGAAGAGAUAAAGAAGCUUCACCCGAGUUUCCUAACGAUGUUGCGGAGCGUCCUGGCGCAGUAG